AUGGCACCCUACUUUACAGAAAAAGACAAAUACCGGGAUCCCGUCCAGGGUGAAGGUGACAAUCAUUACAGCGACACACGACAACCCGGUGACUCUCACCAUGAACACGCCGUCUCUUCGGAUAAUGACAGCGAUUCCCGGGGAAAGGUCCGUUCCAAUGGCAAGAGAGAAUUGACCGAAGACGAGUGCUAUGACAAGCUCGGAUUCUCUUUCCCUUGGUACAAGAAAUGGGCCAUCCUUUCCGUUAUCUUCACCGUCCAGAUGUCCAUGAACUUCAACACCAGUGUAUAUCCCAAUGCUGUCACGCCGCUGUCCGAGAAAUUCGAUAUCAGUGAACAAGCCGCACGUGUGGGGCAGAUGAUUUUCUUGGUCGCAUAUGCUUUUGGUUGUGAGCUUUGGGCUCCUUGGAGUGAAGAGUUCGGUCGUUGGCCUAUCAUGCAGCUCAGUUUGUUCCUGGUCAACAUCUGGCAGAUUCCCUGUGCUCUGGCACCCAACUUUGGCACUAUCGUCGUCUGUCGCUUCCUUGGUGGUCUGAGCUCCGCGGGUGGCUCUGUCACUCUGGGCAUGACAGCUGAUAUGUGGGAACCCGAUGACCAGGGCUUUGCGGUGGCAUAUGUCGUCCUGUCGUCGGUGGGUGGUACCACCAUUGGUCCUUUGUUUGGUGGCAUGAUCCAACAGUGGCUUCCUCUGGAGUGGAACUUUUGGAUUCAGCUCAUCUUCGGCGGUGUCACCCAGCUCGCCCAUCUGCUCUUCGUUAGUGAGACCCGCUCGACCAUUCUCAUCGACCGUGAGGCCAAGCGUCGUCGCAAGUCCGGGGAAGACCCCAACGUCUACGGCCCCAACGAACUCAAGGAGAACCGUCUGGAGGCGAAGGAAAUCCUGCGCAUCUGGCGUCGACCUUUCGAAAUGUUCAUCCGUGAGCCCAUUGUCCUGUUCUUGUCGCUGCUCUCCGGUUUCUCCGACGCCCUGAUCUUCACUUGCAUUGAGUCGUUCACUCUGGUCUUCGCUCUCUGGAAUUUCGACGCUGUCCAUACCGGCCUGUGCUUCAUUGCUGUCAUUAUCGGUUACAUCGUCGCCUACCUCAUCUUCCUACCAGACAUCGCCCGCCAACGCUGGGUCCGUCAACGCCACGGCAACGCUUCCCGCCUACCCGAGCGCCGUCUCCUCCUCCUCCUCUUCAUCGCACCCCUCGAAACCAUCGGCCUCUUCGGUUUCGCCUGGACCUCCAUGGGCCCCGACUACACCCACUGGAUCGCGCCCCUAAUCUUCGUCUUCCUAAUCGCCAUCGCCAACUACGGCAUCUACAUGGCAACCAUCGACUACAUGGUAGCCGCGUACGGUGUCUACUCUGCCUCAGCCACCGGUGGCAAUGGCUUCGCGCGUGACCUGCUCGCCGGCUUGUCUGCCAUGUACGCCACACCCAUGUACAAGAACAUCGGUGGCAAGUUCCAUUUGCAGUGGGCUAGCACUAUACUUGGGUGCUUGGCUAUCUUUGUUACGAUUCCGAUCUAUGUGUUUUACUGGAAGGGACCACAGAUUCGGGCUAGUAGCAAGUUUGCGCAGACGCUUGAAGCGGAUCGACAAAAGCAUGGUGGCCGGAGGGUGAGUUAUGAGUCGGAGAAGGCGUGA